AUGAUUUCCCAGGUUGACAUUACUUCUGACCUUGGGGGUCCAAAAUCUGAUGUCUUAGGAAUUGUCAGGGUCAAACCUGUCAUCGAAAACCACACGCGUAACGAUAAGCCAUCCCUUCAAGAUAAGUUGCGAUACUACCUAAUUUUUGGCCGAGUAAUUGGAAUCCUACCAAUUCAAGGGGUUUUCCAUCGAGGUUCAAAACUUACUUUCAAGCGGAUCAGGGACGAAAGGUAUUUUGGAGAGGAUACCGCCUUUUGGGAAUUUCUGGUCGACGAUCACGGAAGAAUUUACCAAGUUAUGCAGUCGUUUAAGGAAUUCUUGUCUCCCAUAAUUUUUGCGACAUGUGCUGCCAACAUGUUCUGGAUUUGCUUAGUGGUAAAUCAGAUGGAGGAGAAUUUGUGCAUCUUGAGACUUUACAAUUUGCUCGGAUGUUUGCGAAAUUUGGCUGAGGUCCUAUUCAUUUUGGUGCCAUUUCUUCAAGCGAAGGACAUAUUCAAAUUUUACGCAAUAUGGAAUUUUCUCCACGUGGUUGUUCGAUUCUUUACCAUGUCUCUCCUGGCAGCGAAAGUGUCCUCGGAUGCCCAUAAGUUUGCAGACAUUUUGAAGCAAUGCCCGAUCGAGAUGUAUACACCAAAGGUAGCCCGCUUUGAGAGACAAUUGCAAACCGAAAGGAUUGCUUUAACUGGAAUGAGCUGCUUCAGUGUAACGAAACCUUUAAUUUUGAGCAUAAUCGGAGUCCUAGUCACAUUCGAGAUAAUCUUGUUACAUGCGACUCCUCGUGAGACGGUCGUCAUGCAAAUGAACAAUUGUAGUGUGACAAAUACAUAA